GCCGUACCGCUGAGUCGUGUUUGGCGUGAGCAGCGAUCAUGAGGAAUCAGUUAUGAAUUUACCAUCGAACGAAUAGGAACCUUUCUACGCAAAAGAAGACGGUUUCCUUGCCGCAAGUACCAACAGUAUUGGUGUUUUAAAAGUGUUUUGUUAAAAAAACACUUUGUUAUACAGUUACAGUUUUGUUUAUAAAUUUUUAUGUUUUUGUUAAAACGUGUGCUUGUUUUUUAUUGAGACAAGAAUUUUUGAAAUAAAGGACACUAAGUUGUUUUGAAACCAAAUUAAGAGCUUAUGCGAAACCCUCAAACGUCAAAAAGCAAAUCGAAACUAUUAACCAAAAAAAAAAAUAAGCCAGCUCAAAUUAAAAUAACGGCCACUUCAAACCGUACACACAACACUCACGCCAACCCUCACUGCUUAUCUUUUCUAUCUUUCACGCACCACCUACCAGCAGCAACAACAGCAACGCCACACAAUGUCUUUCUCCAAAGCAAAACUAAAGCGCUUCAACGAUGUCGAUGUGGAUUGUGCCAACUCGCCCGCAACUGCACGCCUACCUACCGAUGCGUGCACAAUUAAUACGCCAGGCAAAUGCAUUGCUGCCGCCGCCACACCAGCUACUACCACCGCUCCCACUACAACAAGCGGACACCCAGAACGCAAGGAACAGAUUGAGAAAUUCUUCAAAGACGCCGUACGCUUUGCCACCAGCAGCAAGGAAGCCAAGGAGUUCGCAAUACCCAAGGAUGCCGCAUUGAAGGAUGACAAAAAAUCCAAGGGUUUGCGACUCUUCCGCACACCUUCAUUGCCACAGCGCUUACGCUUCCGACAUAAUGCCUCCGAGUCAGCGACAGCAGCAGCUGCAGCAGCAGCAGUGGCGGCUGCCAACAACAAUAACGGCAGCGGCGCCAGCACAGCCAGCUCCACGCCAAUGCAUUCCGCCACAAAUACACCAGUAAAAGAUGCCACCAAGUCAGGCAGUCGACUCAAAGGCAAAGAGGCAUUACAGCAUGAAAUACGUAAAAAGAAUGAACUACUCGAGAGCUACAUGAGUCAAAUUGAUGUGCUGAAGCGCCAUGUCGAACAGCUAAAGGAGACCGAGCGCAAGUUGCGCGAAGAAAAUGCCAGCGUCACGGAGAAGACGGAGAAUUUAAUACAUGCAUUGCAGGCGGAGAAUGCGACACAUAAAGAAUUGAACGAUAGGCUAAGCGCCGAAAAUGUAGAGCUAGCCGAGACAUGCAACAAAAGAGAGCUGGAGAUAAAGGCGCUCGUGACGCGACACGCCAACGAGCUGGAAGAACUACAAGCCAUCAUGGCUGAGUUGAGAUUAGAGAAAGCCACGUUGGAGCAGCAAGCGCAGGAACACGGCUCAGAGGCACAAAGAAGACUCCAACAGUUACAAGUGUUACAGCGUGAGAUUAACGAAGCGCGCGAACGGCUGGUGGCAUCCGAACAACGCGCAGAAAAAGACACUGAGCUGAUACAAAAUUUGCGCAAUACCAAUGAGUCGCUUAGCCUAGACUUGAGUGAGUUGAGGAAGCAAGUCGAACACGACGCGCUCAGCUAUGCGCAAGAGACCAAGAUCACACAGAAUGAGAUGGAGUGUCUGAAGAAGGAGCGCAGCACAUUGAAGAACGAUUUGGCAAGCAAAUGCGAACUCAUCAAAUCGCUACAGGACGAGCUGCUAGAUAAGACUUGCGAAAUCGACGCACAUUGCGAUACGAUACGCCAGCUGUGCCGAGAAAAAUCGAAAUUGCUGGAGAAAGAGCAGUUGAUUGAGAAGGCCGAAGAGAAGUUGCGUAGCGCUGAGGAGCAGGCGGAGCAAAAGGUGCAGAAACUCGAGUCCGAUUUGGAGAAUGCGCUAGAACGCGAGAAGGCGUAUUGGCGCGCUGAACUGGACAGACGCCAGAAACUGGCUGAGAAUGAAAUAAUUAAGGUGGAGUUGGAAAAGCAAGACGUGAUGGUGUUGCUGGAGACUACGAAUGAUAUGCUACGCGACCGCGACGAGAAAAUCCAUAAGUACGAAGAGCAAUUGCGCAACGGCAUUGACUACUACAUACAAUUGAACGAUACAUUGCAGAAGCAGAUUGUUGAUCUGAAGCAAGAGAUUGCUAAAAUCAUUACCGAGAAGUACAAUUACCAACUGACGCUGAGUAAUACGCGCUCCACGGUCAAUAUACUGAUGGAGCGUUUGAAGAAAUCCGAUGCUGACGUCGAACAAUUCAAGGCCGAACUCGAAUCUGUGCAGCUGGCCAAGGGCGCGCUGGAGCAGAGUUACCUAACGCUGCAGUCCGAAUUGGAGGCACUGCGCAGCGAUCAUGCUGAAACCGAAACGGCACUGAAGACGCUGUGUCAAUCAUCGCAAACGCUGCAACAAGAGGUAUCCAUUAAAGAUAACCUAUUUAAUGAAAUACUCACCUCAGAAGAAGAAACUUUGGCAAAAUUCAAUAAAAUUGCUUCCUCAUUCCAGGAGCGCAUCAAUACGACAGAUGUCGCGCACUACCUGGAGAUGUACAAUGAGCUGAAGCGCAAAGACGAGACGCGUGAACAGUACAUGCAGGACAUGAAGAAGGCGCUAGACGAAUUCGCUACUGUGCUGCAAUUUGCACAACUGGAGCUGGACAGCAAAGAGAAGUCGCUACACAAGGUGCGCGACGAAUGUGAACAGCUGAAGUUGGAGAAUAUGGCGCUUAAGUCAAAGGUCGACGAGGGUAACACCAAAAAGGAGAAUAGCACAGAUCUGGAGAAAAUUGAAGACCUACUAAUCGAUACAGAACUACGUGCGGAAUGCGACAAAAUCGCCUCAUGGCUUUUGAGCUCCUCGGCCAGUGAGAAAUGUGUACGCACCGAAAGUACCAACGAAAUCAACGAGCUGCUGAAGCCAACGACACCGAACAGCAACAGCAAGAAGAACCGCAGCUGUUUGACACCAUCAUCACCGACGCCCGCCAACAAAACGAUAACGCUAUCCACCAACGCGCCGGGUUCCAAUGUGGGCACACCGCGUACACCGCGCACGCCAAAAACGCCACGUACGCCCCGCACGACACCCAAGAAGACGGUGCUCUUUCCCGGCAAGGAAAACAUAUGCAGUCCACAGAAGCAAGUGCUGAAGGCGCGUAAUAUGUAAAGAGGCGAGCGGCCAGUUGGAAGAAGGUACGGUCCAGUUGAGGUCAGUAGCCUGACGGACGGCCUAAGCGUACAUAUGUCUUGGGAGUAAGAUUGAUAUUUUUUUUUUAAUAAAAAGCUAUAAACGAAUAGAGUUUAUGAAU